AUGGGGAGUCUUUAUACUAUUAAGGAAGGAAGGAUUACGACCAAGAAAAUUGGAAAAAAGUCUGCUUCAAAACUUGAACAACCCGAGUUGUUUGACGAUGACUUUGAUUUCUCAAAUCUUUCAGAAGGAAGGUUUGGUUUGACAUUGAAACAAACUUCUUUAACACCCUUUACUGAAACGGAUUUCGAAGGUGUUAGCUCGUUGACUUCAAAACAUUCAGAGAGAAAUGUUAUUAAAUCAAAGUCACAGAAAUCGUCUUCGUCCUCGUCCUCAUCUAUCAGCUCUAAAUCUUUCGAGUCAGAAGACGAUAUUUUCAAGCAUGUACACUUUUCCGAAUCAAUGGAAUCUCUUGUUAUAGCUAGUCCUCAGUCUACUCAUUUGUCUUCAAUAAACGAAAAUUCCAGUCAGGAUGACUUUUGGUCUGACUUGAUUAUAGAUGAUGAUCAUGUAUUUUCCUUGCAGCAUGUUCAAAAUAGAAAUAAUGUUUCAGACACAAAAUCGGAAGCAUUAAAUAUGUCUCGGAUUGAUCCUACUUACUUUGAUAAAGUUUCAACCGAUAAUAGAAAGAUUUCACAUAACACACUUGAAUCUACUACGGUUACUGUCGCAUCGAAGGAUUCUAGAAACAAAUCUCACCAGCGUCAUAGACAUUCAUCCUCAUCAACUUCUAACAAAAAUUUAAAAACGAAGUCGGAUAUAAAAGUUACUCAAAAAAAGUCUUCGUUGAAUCCUACAACAAAAAAUACCACUACUGCUACUACUAAUAUCAAGAAUAAAAAUAAUAUAACAUCCAAAAAAAUCAUGAAUACAGCGAAAAAAAUAACUAUUAAAACAAAUUACACAGUUUCAUCAAAGGAUAUUGCUGAGCAUAAUCAAUCCGAUGCAAAACCAGAUAGUGAUGACAAUCAGAAUACUGUUAGAAGGAAAUGGAGAAAGAAACCAACUUUGAUUCGUAAUCUAAAUUCUACUAAACGAUCUAAAGUCGUUGGAGAAAUGGUAUAUAAUCCUGAUUUACAACAAUGGGAUGGUAAUGAAUCAAUCCUUAAAGAAUUUGAAGCUUAUUUGACACCUCGUAAUAAGCCAACGUUAAAUACAAAGUUUGGUACGACAAAAAAUGAUAAAAUCACUGAAAAUAUGAUCUUUGACCCAGAAAAAAUGUGUUGGUGCAGUAACCAAAAGAAUCUCGAGGAAGAUGUAUUCAAAAAUUUCGAAAAUAGUGAUGGUGAUGAUGAUUAUGAUAAAAAAAAAUAUCAUAAGCAAGAGGAAGAUGAAUUUAGUAAUAAUGAUAGCCAUAGUAUUAGUGAUAAUAGUAAUCUCAACGGUUAUAAUAUUUGUAAUAAGGAUCCUGAUAAUUUAGUAAUGUCUGGAAACAAUAGCAAUGAAUUUACGGUUGGAAAUGAAUUUGACAUAACGCCUGGAUUUUUAGCAGCAUUAAUUGCAUCAGAACGUCAGCAUGGGAAUGAAAUGUCUAGAUGGUAUCCAGCUGCAAGUUCUUUAAGAAAUGAACAGCGAUUCGGCUUACGGAAUCCAAAUAUCCAAAGAGGAUUUUUAUAUGAAAUCAGAACGGUGGUUAUGAAUAAUAAAAAAUCUUGUCGAUUUAAUUCUCGACGAGAUCGAUUUGUCAAAUAA